GUUGCGCUCGGCCUCGACCCGAACCUCUUCUCGCACCCGCACGCCUUCGACCCGGAACGCUACGCGCGCGGAGAGCACGGCCCGCACGGCGCCGCGCUCGCAACCUUCGGCGCCGGGCCGCGCAUCUGUGUCGGGCUGCGCCUCGCCGAGACCGAGCUCUGCGCGCUGCUCGCGCUGCUGCUGCGCCGCUUCGAGAUCGAGCCUGCGGGGCCGGCGCCUCGAGAGUGGUGCGCCGUCACAAACUCCCCAAGGCAGAGCGGGCUGUCCCUGCGGCUCGUGCCCCGGGAAUGGGGAAAGGGAUAG